UAUUUGGUGCUCGUUCAGUCAACUCCAACGGUUGGAUCUGCUUCGUCAUUGCAUCCUAUUCGCCGGCCACUUGAUAUAUCUCAAUUAUCAUUUUUCUCUAACGAAUCUUCGCAGACUGCUGCUAUUUGCCCCACAUCUAAUGCGACCACCACUCACCUGCUUCGUCCCGUCGCUGGCAAUCAACUUAACUGCCUCACACGAGGGUACGAUUUGGGUCGUCUAUUGGCAAACUGUUUGGCAGUCAACGCUAUAAGAUAG